CAUAGUCAGAAUAUCACCAGAGGCCUUCCACUUCUAAAUGUACCAUUACAUACCUAAUUUCAACUCACAUAAUCACACAUUUGGUCUACCUAAAUUGACACACUAACUUAAAUUGGACCCAUUUAUUAUUGUUUCAUUGCAAUAGUGUUGAAAAUGGUGCUAUGCAUGAUGCAAUGCUGCCUGCACCACCAACUUAGUCUAAUGUAUACAACCAAAGCCAUCCCUAAGGGUGUGUGGGGCCUGGGGCAUAUUAGCCUGUGCAGAGAUUACUUCAGAGAUUUCUGCACUUCACUGCUGUCCAAAGGGAUCCUUAUACAUUCUUUAUCCAGUGGAGGAAAGCUUACUCUUAAUUACUUACAGGACCCUCACAUAAAACAUGCUUUUAAAUCUGAAUCCAGAUUUAAGAACAUGACAGAAGCACAUUUUAAAAAGGGUUGACAGUUCAUUUUAGACACAGAAAUAAGCUAACCAAAUUCUUGCCAAUUUUGUCUUAGCAAAGCAUUCAAGAUUUUGCGCCAACAUUUUUCACUGUUUCCUCUAAUACAGCGUGAUUUUACCUGCAUUGUAGGGCCUGGCACAGAAGAACCUUGAAGCCAGAAAGUUGCGUGAAGAAAGGGAAGAGGAAGAAAAAAACCAGCUGGAUUUGGAAGAAGCGCAGUUCCAAGCAGCAAUGAGAAGAGAGGCCAUUGAAGCAGCAAAAAUAUAUCAGUAUUAUCAGACUGACAGAGUGAAAGGGUUACAUCAAGCACUUCUACUUACUGAGGUUCUAAGGGAAAGGGAAGCUCAGAUUGAAUUUAAAAAGAAAAAAACAGGCAUUAACAAAAAAAGAGAAGAAGAAAUGGAACAUGAGCGUGAGAAAGCAAUCCUUAAAGAACAAAAAAAGGCACACGAAUGCCAUAUGAAACGACAGGCACUUUGCAGAGACCAGCUGGAACAAAUAAAGGAACAUAAACACCAGGCAGAAUUAGCUAAGCUUGAGACAAAAAGAGAAGCUGAAGGAAUUCAAAGACUUACCAGGUUAUACGAGUUGGAUGUUCUGAGAGAAAAGGAAAAGAAGGAGAAAGAAAAACUUGAACACAAGAGGGCUCAUCUUGAGUACAUUGCUGACCAGCAUGUUCUUAAAGCUGUAAAGGAGCAAAAAGAAGAGGAGGAAAAUGAUAAAAUUAGAGCUCACUUUAAAGCAAAACAAACUUUGGCCAAGUUGAGACGAGAAAAAGAAGCUGAAAUGAACAGGCUAAUGCAGGAACGUCAGGAUAAUAUUAUUAACCGUCUGGCUGCACAGAUGAAACAGACAUUUCAGGAGGAAGAUGAACGUGUUGCUAGAGCUGUUGCAGAGAAAGAAGCUGCGUGGGAAGAAGAACUCAAAGAAAAAGAGAAAAAACACACAGCCGAAUUGAAAUCAAUUGCAGAGUACAGAGCUACCGUCAUGAAAAUGAAAAAAGAAAAAGAGCAAGAGGAGAGAUUAGAAGCUAAGAAAAAGCUUCAGGAAUUAACAGAAGCAGAUCGCAUCUAUCUAGAAAUGGAAAAAGAAAAGAAACAAAGACAACACAAUGAAAACAUAAAAACAAAAGAAUUUCAAAUCCAGCAAAUGGCUGAAAGACGGGCAAAAAGAGAGCAGGAAAAGCAAAAAGAACUGGAUUAUGAUGCUCAGAGAGAAAUUAUUGCAAUUUACAAGGAGCAGGAAUUUCAAGAAUAUGCAAAGCAAGUAAUUGAAUCAGAAUCCAAAAUAGCACGAAAUCUUUAUCCUCUUCUCAAAGCAGCCAAGGAAAGAACUGCCAGGGGCCAUGGACCAAUUUACAGAGAAAGAGGAAGAAUAAGACCUAGUUAUCAAACAAAGGAUGUCAGUGGAACUCAGCUACCUUCUUGCAGCUCUAACACCGCUCAAGAAAUUAAAGCACUACCUGACAAUGAUCCUAUACAAACAACUAAAGCAAGACCAGGUUUUACAUAGAAAAAUACCCUUUUGAACCUUAAAAACUUCAAUAAAUCUUCAAGAGAUUUACACUGUAAAAAUGAUAUUAAAGAACUACAGGCUUGCAGUGGGAAUGGACAUAUGAACAAAGUACAGGAAAUUGAAAGGUACAGAAACUUACCGUACAUCUGUAAUAAACUUUUUGUAUGCAUACAUUUACUCCACAAUAAGUGAAAGUUAACCACAGUAGUUGAUUAAUACAAACAGAGCUAAACUACUGCAGCUUAACUUUCACUUGUUAUGGAUAAAAAUGUACAGUACUGCAGAGUAGCUGAUGUGAUGUAAAUCCAUGCACCCUUUUUUAUCUAACUUGUUUGUUUGCCCAUACUCCAUGGAAAAGUAAUUACUGAACUAAGUAUAAGGUCAUAAACAAAACAAUUUGUAUUUUACAAAUGUAUUUUAAACCAGAUAUACAAACAUAAUGAUGAAUAACUACUGUAAAACUUUAUUCAUAUAUAAAAUACGUAUUUUUAAAAAAAUAGAAUAUUUGGGUCUCAGUUUUCAGUUUCAAAACCAGUCUUUUAUACCUCCCCUGUAAUUUGUUUUUAACU